CAGAAAAUAAAUAAAUUUUCCAGAUCUACACAAAAUUAUUAAUUUUUAAAAAAUAUAUAAAAAGGGUAUCCUCAAACUAACCAUCCCAAAUUUACUCAACAAAAUCACUUACAAAGGCGUGGUCAUUAUUCUCCAAAAGUCAAGGGGCAAAGCGAAAAAAAAAACCCUGGGCGUUGUAGGUAAACGCAAUAAGCAUCGAGCCUGAGAUGAGUGAAAGUGAAAGCGCAAAGGCCACGAUGCCGGCCGAGUGCGCCGCGCUGUACCGCGCGCUGUGCGAGUGCCAUCGACGCCUGCGCGAGCCGUGGCAAAGAGAGAUCUCAUGCCGGCAUCUGAACCGUUCGCUGGCCCAGUGCGUGGUGUCGAUCGCGUGCCCGGACGAGUCGGAGGCCGUGCGCACCAUGUGCUCGAGCGCUGGCACGUCCAUGAAACGCGCGCAGUGCCAGCGCGCUAAGCUCGCGCUCUCCGUCUGCAUCUCCUCGCACCAAGCACCUGAGCAAUCAGAAGCCUCACAACUCUAAACCUGUACUCAUUACAUUAUCAUAUCUAAUGUUCCUUGCUACAUUAUUAUCAUGAUAUAACUAAUGUUCCUGAAAUUUUCACUCUGUUUUCCAAUAAACAAACCACAGUUGCCUUGAUGCCA